AUGUCAGUAUUAGUGAACAUCGGACGGCGCGGCAGGGACUCUGGAUCCAUACGGAGGUUCCGUACCCGCAGGCCCUUGGAUCUAGGCAAUCCCGGUGAAUGUAACUGCCCAAUUGGGCUGGUGGCAAGUGACAAAGCCUUUCUUCACUGGGACAGAAUUCUAUCAAUUCUGAUUUCAUACGUUGCGCUUAAAAGUUCCAAGAACGCACCUUGA